GUGAGGCGUCUGCUUUGUGAGAUCUGACGGCGCGUUUUUKGGGACGACAUGRACGRCAUGGAUUCUGAUGAAGACUUACGGCGUGGUGCGGUUGAGUGGUUGCAGAUUAUUGAAGAAGGCGGUCGCCGUCUGCAAGAGGUCGUGGAUAUUCUGCUUGCGAGCCAGGGGGGUCAGUUAGGGACUGUAGGGGGGACGGUUUCACUGGCGCCAUGGCUGGAGGACAAGAUGCAGGCCAUGCUCGACGUUAUUUGGGAGUUGGAGGAGGGGCCGGCUCCUCCAAUCGACGAGUUUGUGGAUUGGCAUCGAGCUGGCCAACUUAUGCAUGGAUGCUACGACAUCUUCAGGAUAGGGCAGGAUCGUUGUGCUACUCUGGAGGAAGGAUUGUUGGGCUGCUCCGGCGGAUUAACGCCGACAUCGCCAGCGACAACAAUUGAGGAAAUCAGCGGCAACAACAACUUCUACAUCGACAACGAAUGCGAUGACAACAAGAACAAUGACAUCAUCAACAGAGGCAACAAUGGCCUCAACAUGAAUAACGAGUGCGAUGAUAAGGACAACAAUGACAUCAUCAAUAGCUGCGGGGGUGGUAAUAACACCAACGAUGAUGCCGACAAAAACAACAACAACGACAUCAACAACAACGACAACAAUCAGUUUGAAGAUAUCAAUUGUAUCGAGGAUAUCAAUUACAACUUUUUUGAGGUAACGAACGAUAACUGUGGACAUAAAAUCGACAAGAAAGAGACCGGCGACAAUAACGGUGUUACUGUCGGCGUCGCUGACAAUGAUAGCACCGAUAAUAUUCACAGCAACGAUAGCCAUGGUGAUGGCGAUGAGGCCAAGGAGGAUAUGGAGAUUACCCGCGGAUGCAGUGGGGCGUUUAGAACAGCUGAUUGGCAGCGGAUGGGCGUGGGGUAGUUCGUGGUGUGUGGAGUUGCCCGGUCCGCAAUUCCACUCAGGAAGGGGUGGUGGUAGUUCCUCACGCGGUAGGGGGAUCGGUUAGGGUUUCCGUUGUCUUCCUGGUUCGUGAUGGAUGAUUGCUAUACUGUGUAGGAUGCUUGUUUUCCAGACUGCUUGAUGUGGAUGCCCGUCAAUAGUUGUGUAUUCCCCCCCGCCUGUGUGUGUUGUUGAAUGGCUUACGCUUCGACGGAUGGGGUAGCGAAGGUAUGGUUUAUGAGCAGUUAAUCCUCUCCUUGGAGGGCAAUCAAUGCUGCUCAUCAUC